UUCUCCGGUACAUUUUACCGGCACACAAGUCACCGGAGUGCCAAAUGCUUCCUCUCGGUUCUCCUGCUGAGCGCCUCCCGCCGGCUGGUCCCAUAUUGCCUGUACUCGUCGGCUGUCCCCCGGUACCUGCACGCCGCACCUGCUGCCAGACUAGUUCGAGGGGGCCUGGAGCUGCAGAUCUGCGCAGCUGUCCAGUAGAUGCCAGCCUGACCAGCACAAAGAGCAAGAAGAGCAAGAAGAAGGCCGAGGCACAGAAGAAAUGGCAGAGCCUGGAGGAGCCGCAGCAGGAGAUCAACAACAAACACAAACCGCUGAGCAGAUCUCACACGUAUGACCCCACAUACACCCGUGCGGCUGACGGCGACAAACUGCUGGACAAGAAGGACUCGGGAACCAUCAGUAUCCAGUUAUCAAAGUACAACAGCACCUACCACAAGCUUUUCCGCGACGUCCCCGAGGAGGAGGAGCUCAUGAGGUAUUACACGUGCACUCUACAGAAGGAAGUGCUUUAUCACGGGAAAAUGUACGUGUCCAAGAGCUUCAUCUGCUUCUACUCCACCGUUUUUCUCAGGGAGACCAAGGUCACUAUCCCAGUGAGUGAUGUGGUGAUGCUUAAGAAACAGAACACAGCCCUGCUGGUUCCAAAUGGACUAUCCAUCCGAACAAACAAGGGAGAAAAAUUCACCUUCUUGUCCAUGAGAUCGAGAGAUUCUGCCUACAAACUCCUACAAUCCAUCUGCAUUUUCAUUGAGGACUUCAGCCCCACCAACAGCCCCUUGUUUUCCUCGGCCGAAAUGAGCUUCGAAAAUCACGGAAAAUCAUCGCAUUCCAGCCAGUCCAGUCUGGACCAGAGCUUUGACCUCCAGGAGACUGAUGGCUCCGUGGUGCUGCCAGGUCCACCGACUUCACUCAGGGACACCAAAGGUGAGCUGCCAGGACUAUAUGGGGAGCCCCCUUGGGUGAGGGGGCACACGCUCCUACAGUGACUUGGCUUUGUAUUAUAUAGCAUCUUUCAUAGGGAAAUGUGAUGUGUGACGUCAUUCAGGAAGCCACUGUGUAAAGCUGAGCAAAGUGAGUCACAGGGGGGUCUGCCCUCGCCGUCGAGGAGUGUGAAGUAAUGUGAAGAUGCGUCCAGAUUUCCCCCGCCACCUCCUCACCCCCCCAAGGGUAGCCUCGCCCCUGUCUGCCAGUAGCCACUGAGCCUACAGGCUUGCGACUCCCCGGAUGCGAUUAAUGGCUGGGUGGGGCGCGUCUGCCAGCAGCUGUUCGUUCUGUGAUCUAGGCCGGACCGCCCAGAGGGGAGCCGCCAAGCGCCAACAUGUCAUAAUUUUCAAGGCCGUCAUU